AUGUCUAAUACUAUACGAUCCGAUUCUUAUUCUGAAUCGGUAAGACGAGGUAUUCAUCCUCUUACAACAACUCCAAUAGCAGCAAAUAGACGAUCAGCAACAACUGGAAAUGUUAAUCGAACAUCUGCCUAUUUUCCUACAACGUCUAAUUUAUCUUCGAAUUCCAGAUCUGCUACAUUAUCCGCAAUUGUUACUCCAGCUCAUAGUUAUCAACGUCUUAGUAAUCAACAAAUCAAUAUGGAAACUAAGACAAAAAAAAUCAAUACAUUACCAAAAGCAAAACCACCACGUGAAGUAUCACUUCGUGUUAAAUUUAUUCGACUUGGUGAAGUAAAUACGUUACAUGAGAAAUUUUAUGCUGAAGUUGUUAUUGAAGCACGAUGGUUAUAUGAUCCUGAAGCAGCAUCUUGGAAUCCAAAUCUUUAUGUUAAAAAUGCACUUGGUGAUAUUAAACAGGAAGUUGCUCAUGAAUUAGUUAAUAAUUUAGAUGAACCCGUUUUUGUUGGUGAUAAACUACAUGGUAUUAUUUAUGUUUGGGAAAUACGUAAAUUAGUUGGUACAUUUUGGGAGAAACUUGAAUUAAAUAGUUUUCCAGCUGAUGUUCAACAAUUAUCAUUACAAAUUGUAGCAAGAUGUCCAAUUGAAGAAUGUGUUUUAGUUGAAAAUCGUUUUCAACCAUCGAUGGUUAAUCGUGAAGCUUUUUUAGCACAACAAGAAUGGUUUCUUUAUGAACAUAUUGAAACACGUUCAACAAUAACAACAGAAGAUUUUAGUUUUCGACCUAUUCGUCAAUCAACUUAUCUAGUUACAUGUUGUGUUGCUCGUCGACCAGGUUAUUUCUAUUGGAAUGUUUAUUUGCUCAUAUUUCUUAUUACAUUGAUUGCUCUUACUGUAUAUGGUGUUGCACCUGAACAUCCACAAAGUCGUCUUCAGAUUACUUGUACACUUUUACUUACUUCCAUUAUGUUCCGCUGGUCGGUAUCACGUUUACUUCCGCCUGUUUCUUAUUUAACCUUAUUAGAUAAAUAUACGUUAGUAUCCUUAGUUUUUAUUUCACUCAAUUCAAUAUGGCAUUCAGUAAUUGGCUUUCUUAUUCGACAUAUGGGCAUAUCAAAAAUAAUUGAUUAUUAUGUACUUAGUAUAUUUACAGCAUUUUUUAUUAUUUAUCAUUUUUUAAUGGCAUUAUUUUUAUUUCAAGCAUUACGUAGUCGUCAAGUUAUGCUUGAAAGUGAUCGUCAAUAUGCAUCGAAAUUAGCUGGUAUGUUUGAAACAUUUGUACAAGGUCAUCAUGCUGUACAACGUUUUCAAGAAAGACAAAAUUCAAGUCGUACAUCUUUAUUUGUUUAA